AUGACUCCCUCUGCCAGCCUGCUAAUGCUGCUCCUGCUCAGCCUCUCUCAGGCUCAUCCUCUCCAGAGGAAAGAAAACAAAGAAGGAGAUGGCAUAGAUACUGUCGACAUCACUACCAGGAUUCUGACAACCAAUGAAGUCGCUAAUGAGACCCUGCUGGAAGGAGACGUAUUGAUUCCCAGAACCAGAAGUGCUAAAAUAUGCUUGGACCAGAGCUGCCGGUGGAAGAAAUCCUCCAAUGGCUUGGUGAUGAUCCCUUUCACCAUUAACAGUGAUUUCACAAGUACAGACAGGCAGGUCAUUAGCCAAGCUAUGCAGGCAUUUCACAGCACAACCUGCAUCCGCUUCGUUCCCCAUCAGAAUGAAAAGGACUACAUCAGCAUUGAAAACCAGGGUGGAUGUUUCUCGCCUCUGGGCAGAAUGGGGGGCAAACAGGUGCUCUCUCUCAACAGGCAGGGCUGCAUCUACCAAGGUGUUGCUGAGCAUGAACUCAACCAUGCUCUGGGCUUUGUCCACGAGCAUACCAGAAGCGACCGCGACAACUAUGUCAGAAUCAACUGGGAGAACACUGACCCUCAGCAGGCCUACAACUUCGAUAAGUCGUCCACUGACAACCUGGACACUCCCUAUGACUACUCCUCCAUCAUGCACUAUGGAAAAACAGCCUUCUCAGUGAACGGGUGGGACACCAUCACCCCCAUCCCCGACUCCGACAUCCAGAUUGGCCAAAUAAAUGGCCUCUCCCAGUGGGACAUCUUCAGGAUCAACAAGCUCUAUAGCUGUGAAUGA